UUAUGCUUAAAAAAAGGUAAAGGACCCCUGACAGUUAAGUCCAGUCACGAACGACUCUGGGGUUGCGGCGCUCAUCUCGCUUUACUGGCUGAGGGAGCCGACGUUUUUCCACAGACAGUUUUUCUGGGUCAUGUGGGCAGCAUGACUAAGCCGCUUCUGGAGAAACCAGAGCAGCGAAUGGAAAUGCCUAUUUAUCUACUUGCACUUUGAUAUGUUUUGGAACUGCUAGGUUGGCAGGAGCUGGGACUGAGCAACGGGAGCUCACCCUGUCGUGGGGAUUCGAACCACCGACCUUCUGAUCGGCAAGCCCUACUAGCCUCAGUGGUUUAGACCACAGCGCCACCCACGUCCGCUUAUGCUUUGCCAUGUAUUAAGCCUGUCAUGUACCUUCUCAUUAUUGUAACCUGUAACAUGCUUUAUGUACCAAUCUAAUCUGAAAAUUAAAGCCUCAUGUAUUAAGCCUGUCAUGUACCUUCUCAUUAUUGUAACCUGUAACAUGCUUUAUGUACCAAUCUAAUCUGAAAAUUAAAGCCUCUGGGAGAAUGAAUUGUGAGUUCAAGUUUUUCAUUGGAUGGGGAGGGACAGGACAGGCGGGGCCAUGUAAUGCUGGGGGAGGCCAUUUCUCUGCACAGACUGAAUUGUUAGGGAAGGAGGAAAGCCUGGUGUUGUCUCCAAGGCAGUUGAAGGACACCAGGAGGCAGGAGCAGAUCAAACACUCAAGAAGGAGCACCCAGCUCAAGGCCAAGUGUUAUUGCUGGGACAGGCAUGCCUCUAUUUAAAAGUGUGGUGGGUAGGCAGGGCUGACAGUUGAAAUAACUUCAGACUCCUGUGAAGUCUCAGCUCACUGCUCCUGAUCCUGAAAUUCUUAACCAUGGCUUUGCCCCUGAAUUGCAUUUAGGGAACAUUAAAGCUCCUCUCCUAAGUUGGUUUGAUAUUUGCUGUAUCUCUGGCACUUAAGGGUGUCUGAACUAAUUCCUGCUCUUGUUGCCGAGUUUACACUACUGUAUAUCUGUUUGCUGAAAUAAGACUUUGCUUCUUUGCAUGCAAGAAAGCACACAUGCCAUUCUUGAAGAGGAGGAGCAGGGCAAACUCACCAUGGAGGAGAUUUGGGGAGCAUUCAGGGAAAGUUGGGGGGAGAUGUUAUGUUACACAAGUGGAAAUCCUUCUUAGUCAAAUGACAUCCUUACAUUAGUUGCUGCCAAGGCUUAUCGUGCAAAUUUUGUAUUGCUGUUCUGUGUACACAGCAAAUUGAUAGAAAGAGAGAUUAUUCAUGGGAACAUUCUUGUGUAUUGUACAGUUUAAUCUCUGAAUGAGCGGCACUGUUUAAAUUAUUCAAAAUAUGAAAGAAUUGAAGGUGUCAUGUCUAAUGGCAUGAUAGCAGAAUGCCACAAGAGUAGACUGUACUGCAUUCAAAAUACCACCAUCCUCAAGGAAUGGUUGUGAUGGCUGGUUUUUUGUUUAUUUUUGUUGGUGUUUUCUCCCCAUGUCCAAACAUAUGAGUUUCCCAGCAACCUCCACCAACUAAUACCCUGCAUUUUGAAGUUCCAGUUUCAUAAAACUCAAAAAGGCAUGCUAGCUAAUUAUUGGUAUAAUCUACACAACUCAGAGUUUCUGGGUCAAAUGUGUAGUUAUCAAAGGUUGGACUAUGGUGAGAAGUGAGAAAAAAUAAUAAUCCAGAGCUAUCCAGUUUGAAUAAACAUUUGUGAUCAUGGUGCACUUAAUAUAAUGCUUUAGGGCAGAAUCAGAGCAUGCAUAUCCACAAAACAUAUCCCAAUGUGUAUGAAAAAUAUGAGAUACAUUGACUUUUUUCUGGACAUCAGUCAACCAAUUAUAUAUUGAACAAUAGUAGUAUUGGCAUAAUACAUUAGCAUAAUGCAUAGUAGUAUUAGCAUAAUACUUUAUAAUACACUCAAAACUCCUUAAUCACUAGUCACAGGACAAACUAUUCUGAUUGUGCAAUAUAAAUUAAAUAUACAUGGAUCAGUAUUCUAAAUAUUAGUACCAGGAGGUUAACUUUUCUGGAUGUUGUGAGUAAAAUGGAGAACAGGCCAUUAAAAGUCUAGCAUAGAGUAGCCAACGGGAUUCGCUUUAGCUGUUGUGGAAUACAACUCCCAUCGUCCCUGUCAAUUGACCACGCUGGCUGGGGUUGAUGGAAGUUGGUAGUCCCAAAUACCAGGAAGGUACUAUAUUAGUUAUCUCUUUGUUAGGAAUUCAAGUUUGGAUAAAAAAUACUUCAGAUAUCAAGCACUGUUUUCAAGUCAUCUGCAGGCGUCAAGUGACUUCUGGGUCAGUCAUUGGAUAGGAACAUAUCACUGGGGAAAACCCACCUCAUUCACACCAUAAAGCACAUUCAAUUUGCAUUUAAAGAAAAUGGCUUCCCCUCCCCUGAAAAAUAAAAUAAAUUUCUGUAGUUUUGUUCAGGGUACCGGGAAUUUUAGCUUUGGGAGUGCUUUCAAUGUGUGGUGCAGAUGUGACCUGGGUUUUCUCUAUUUUACAUAGAUUCAUCGCAUAAUUUGGUAUUUCCAAUCCAGAAGGCACAAUGUUCGCCAACCAUUAGAUGAAAGGAAGGAAUGUUGAAAGCCACCCAGGGUGUAUCCAAUGAAAAUCCCAAGCUAUGUUCCAGCAAUCCAAAUUGUGUCUGCAAGGGUAAAAGCCACUGUUCUUGUGAUGCGAUCAAAGGCAGUAAGGGUGAAAAGGGCUUUCCUGGUUUCCCUGGUCCACCUGGUCAGAUGGGUUUCCCUGGUCCAGAGGGUCCUCCUGGGCCACAAGGUCCCAAGGGUUUUCCAGGGCCAGGGGGCUUUGUUGGGCCUAAAGGUUCAAGGGGUUUGCCAGGAGUCCCUGGUUAUUCAGGUCCCCCAGGCCUUCCAGGCGAAGCAGGAAAUGCAGGUGCUCCAGGACGUCCAGGUAUACCAGGUUGCAAUGGGACAAAGGGUGAGCAGGGAUUCCCAGGAUUCCCAGGGCAAGGAGGGCUCCCAGGGUUACCAGGUCCUAAAGGAAUCAAAGGAGAAAAAGGAUGUUCCGCAAGUGGGUAUGACCAGGGUUAUAGUUCCCAAGGUGAUCCUGGAUUGCCAGGAAUACCUGGAUUUCAGGGUGAUCCAGGACCUCGAGGAGUACCAGGGCUAAUAGGGCCAGAGGGCCCUCCAGGCUUUCCGGGAGCACUAGGAAGACCAGGACUUCCAGGGCCAAAGGGACUUAUGGGUGUUAAAGUCAUUGGUGCCAAAGGAUUAAAGGGUGACAAUGGACUAAUGGGCCCCCCAGGACCAACUGGAACAGUUAUCGUUACCCUAACUGGAGCAGAAAAUAUGACGGAAUUGAAAGGAAAUAAAGGAGAUAUGGGUUCUCCGGGACUCCCUGGGCCCCCUGGAGAUUCAGGCUCACCUGGUGGUUUUCAAAGUGCAAAAGGAGAUCCAGGAGAGGCAGGACCUCAGGGUAGACCUGGAAAGGAUGGAACUCCUGGUCCACCUGGCUUGCUGGGAGAAAAAGGAGAACAGGGUUUGCCAGGAAGACCUGGAAAAGUUGGGCCCAAGGGACAGAAAGGUGAAAUCGGCAACAAAGGAAUGCGGGGUCCAACAGAGUAUUAUGAUGAAUUGCCAGGUGAAAAAGGAAACCAGGGCUAUCCAGGACUCCCAGGACCCAAAGGCCAGUCUGGAGCACCUGGACCACGAGGUGCCCCAGGUGCCACUGGAAGGCCAGGUGUUUCGAGACCUGGUCCAAGAGGUCUAACAGGCUCUCCAGGCCUCAAAGGAAGUAAAGGAGAUAGAGGACAACCUGGCAUGAAUGCUAUUGGACCCCCAGGACUUCCUGGAUUACAAGGAAGACCUGGCCCAGCAGGAUCACCAGGUCUUUCAGGACCACCAGGUAUAAUAACUUUUGAAAGAGGCCCACUGGGACCCCCAGGGACCCCAGGAUGCAUUGGACCUCCAGGCCUUUCAGGAGAUAGUGGAGCAAAAGGUGAAGAAGCAGGCCCUUGCGACCAGUGCACCUUUUUGACGGGGCCACCUGGCCUUCCUGGUGUUCCUGGAGCACAGGGUGAACAAGGAGUUAAAGGUAUAGAAGGAGCAUUUGGGCCUAAAGGAUCCCAAGGAACCCCUGGGAUUCAGGGGCCUCCUGGCAUUCAGGGACUUCCAGGUCUUCCAGGAAACCAAGGCCUUAAAGGAUUGAAAGGUGAACCAGGGUAUGCAGAACCAGAAGGCGCAAAAGGAGACAGAGGAGAACCAGGACCCAGAGGAAGCUCAGGAGAAAAUGGUUCAGACGGGUUACCUGGGAAACCUGGACUGAAAGGGUCUAGAGGCUCUGUGGGAGAACAGGGACCUGAUGGUACAAAAGGAGACAGAGGUGCACCAGGAUCAGUUGGUAGCUCAGGUCUUCCCGGAGAGAGAGGGCUACCUGGACCACCAGGAUAUGGACCACCAGGAGUGGAAGGGUCUAAGGGAUCUCAAGGAAAUCCUGGUUUGCCUGGGUUGGUUGGAGAAGCAGGUCCUAAAGGUGAGCCUGGUAAAGUAAAUGCAAUUCCUGGACCUCCUGGACUUCAAGGGCCAGAUGGUAGGCCUGGACCACAAGGGGAAAGAGGUAGUGUUGGAUCCAGAGGGCCACGUGGUUAUCCAGGCCUCCCAGGACCAGACGGUGACCCUGGCUUUUCAGAGAAUGGAUUUCCUGGCUAUCCUGGCAUUAAAGGAGAUAAAGGGUCUCCAGGAUCCACAGGGCCAUCAGGCUGUCCCGGACAAUUAGGGGAACCAGGCUUACCUGGAAAACCUGGAAUUCCUGGAGAAAAGGGUGAACCGGGCCCAGUUAUACCUGGUCAACAAGGCAGACUAGGUUCACCAGGAGUAGAUGGCAUGCCAGGUGAGAAGGGUGAAAGAGGAUUCCCAGGACUUCCAGGGCUCCAAGGUCAACGAGGUCGUGAUGGUGCUGAUGGGCCAAGAGGAGAACCUGGGUCCCCUGGAGUUCCAGGAGAAAAGGGUGUUGCAGGAAAAAUAGGCGACUGUCUUAUUGGCUUACCAGGCCCACCAGGUCUAUGUGGAUUAAUGGGGCCCCCAGGAAAACGUGGAGUACUGGGAGCCAAAGGAGACCCAGGUUUUCCAGGAUUAGACAUCCCGGGGUUCCCAGGACCAUUUGGGCUGCCUGGAUUACCUGGCCCACAAGGAGAUGAAGGAUUUCCUGGCAUCAAGGGACAACCUGGCAGGCCAGGAGUACCAGGUGUACCAGGUCUAAGAGGAGAAAUAGGCUUGAUGGGCGCUGUAGGUAACCCCGGGCUACCUGGUGUCUUUGGAAAUCCAGGUAUCCAUGGCAGCAGGGGUUCUCCUGGCUUCCCAGGACCAAAAGGAAGAAAGGGAUCUUCAGGUGAAAAAGGUGAGCCAGGUGAUAGAGGUUCUCCUGGAACAUCAGAGUCCAAAGUGAGUUUCGGAGAUAAAGGAGACAGAGGAACUAAAGGAUUUCCUGGAAGACUGGGACUCAAGGGAGAAAAGGGAGAGCAAGGUCUGAAAGGGUGCAUAGGUCCUGAUGGACUACCAGGAAUGCCAGGGCCACCAGGUUCCAAAGGAGACAAAGGACUUCCAGGAAUUCUUGGUGAACAGGGAUUGACAGGAGCUCCAGGAGACAGAGGGGACAUGGGAGUGCCAGGUUCUAAAGGCGAACAAGGUUCUUCUGGUUUGCCUGGGUCACCAGGAAUACCAGGGCCACCUGGCUUGCUUGGUGUUCCAGGGGAUAAAGGAGAACCAGCCUGUCCUGGAUCUGGACCUCCUGGGGACCCAGGACCUGAGGGUGAUCCAGGUACCCCAGGAGAAAGAGGAAGAAAAGGUGAAAGUGGAUCACCAGGCCGGCCAGGGCUUGUCGGAGAACCUGGACCACCUGGAAACAGAGGGGAAACUGGUUUACCAGGAAUUCCAGGACAAUCAGGACCUACUGGCAGUAAUGGUAUUAAAGGUACUAAAGGAUUACCAGGACAAAAUGGCAUCAGAGGCUCUCCAGGUUCACCUGGGUUACUGGGUGAUGAUGGAUCACCUGGUGAGAAGGGUAGCCAAGGACAGGAUGGUAUCCCUGGACCCCCAGGAGAGAAGGGAGCACAAGGUUUUCCAGGACAGCAAAUUCCUGGUCCUCAAGGCAUUCCUGGUCCUAAAGGUGUCAAAGGAGACAUUGGGGUGCCUGGUAUACCAGGACCACCAGGUAUUAAAGGUCGUAUGGGAGACCAGGGACCAAUUGGACUUCCAGGCUUACCUGGACAACCAGGACUUCCCGGCAAACCAGGUGCAAUAAUUGCUGGCCAAAAAGGAAACAGAGGCCCCCCUGGUCCUGUUGGAAAACCAGGUGUCCCUGGUAUCCCAGGACCUGCUGGACUCCCUGGCUAUAGUACUAAAGGAAAUAAAGGUGUUCGAGGAAAUGAUGGCUUACCAGGCCCGCCAGGAACUAGAGGUGACGUUGGUCUACCUGGGCCAGCAGGAAUUGAAGGCAUCCCUGGCUAUCAAGGUCCUAGAGGUGAACCUGGUUUUCCAGGAUUCCCGGGCAUCAAAGGAGAAAUGGGUAAUCAAGGACCACCUGGGCAAAUAGGAGUACCAGGACCUGGAGGGUCAAAGGGACCACCUGGUCCGCCUGGAGCACCCGUGGCUGCUGUCUCUUUCCCAGGAAACCCAGGACCUGCUGGACCUCCAGGAAACCUAGGAAGCUCAGGAGAUCCAGGUCCCAGAGGACCACCAGGGCCACCAGGACCUCCAGGUGUAAAGGGCCAGCUAGGUCGGCUUGGGAUACCUGGCAUACCUGGACCACCUGGUCUAAAAGGAGAGAAGGGUUUUCAAGGCCCAAAAGGUUUGCCUGGAAUGCUUGGGUUUCCUGGUAGGAAGGGACUCCCUGGAUUCCCAGGAAGUUGCUUAACUGGUCCAGCCAAAAGGGGCUUCAUCUUUUCUCGGCACAGCCAGUCAACAGAGAUUCCGUCAUGUCCACCUGGGACAUCUCAAAUCUAUAGUGGUUAUUCUCUCCUUUUUGUACAAGGGAACGAGCAAGCACAUGGGCAAGAUCUUGGUUCAGCCGGUAGCUGCCUUCAGAGAUUUACCACCAUGCCUUUUUUAUUAUGUAACCCCAGUAACGUUUGCAGAUUUGCUUCUCGCAAUGACUAUUCAUACUGGCUGUCAACGGCAGAGCCAAUGCCAUUAGAUAUGGCACCCAUUUCUGGGAAAGCUUUGGAGCCUUAUAUUAGCAGAUGCAUUGUCUGCGAAGGCCCUGCAGUGAUGAUAGCAGUUCACAGCCAGACCACUUCAGUUCCACCAUGUCCUCAAGGCUGGCAGUCUGUGUGGAAAGGGUAUUCUUUUGUUAUGUACACAGGUGCAGGCUCAGAAGCUUCUGGACAAGCGCUGGCAUCUCCAGGGUCAUGCUUGGAAAAAUUUCAUGCCAUUCCAUUUAUUGAAUGCCAUGGCCGAGGGACAUGCAAUUAUUACUCAAACUCCUACAGCUUCUGGUUGGCUUCAAUAAAUCCAAGAAGAAUGUUCAGGAAACCAUUGUCGCAGACUCUGAAAGCUGGAGAAAUGGAAAAAAUCAUAAGUCGCUGCCAAGUCUGCAUGAGGAGACCCAGCUAAACAGAACUGUCAUUAGAGAACGAAGCUCCAGUUUUGUGUCGCCAAACUAAAAUAAACCAAAAAGGUUUUGUGAACUUGUAAUAUGGUGUUUAAAAGCUGCAGAGAAGAGAACACACUCUGCAAAGUAGUGGAAUCAGAAAGUGCAGGGAAAACGUAGCUUCUGGACCAAGCAUGCCACUCAUUUGUAUGUUGGAUAGAGUUGCACUCUGUGCUGCUUUAGUGUAACUGCUGGAAGCUUUUCAAUCUCCUCUCCCCUUUACAAAGAGAAAAGUAGCCCCCUGCCUGACCAGAUAUGUGUCCCUGCUCUCCAGGGUGAACCAGCAUACAGCAGCACUCUUAUUGAAGGUAACUAGUUAAUAAUAAAGCACAAGUGACCCAGGCAUCCUUCUCUGUGUUAGUUUAUUCCAGCAGUCACAGUACGACACAAGGCUAGUUGUUGUGCUGGUGGGAGCCAGUUCAACAAGUCUUGGUAAGGCAAUGGGACUUCCCCACUCUCUUCUUUCCUGGAUAGCUCAGUUGGUUAGAGUGUGGUGCUGAUAACGCCAAUGUUGCAGGUUCGAUCCCCGUAUGGGACAGCUGCAUAUUCCUGCAUUGCAGGGGGUUUGACUAGAUGAUCCUCAGGGUCCCUUCCAGCUCUACAAUUCUAUGAAUCUUCCUAUGCAAGCAUCAGCUCGGGUCAGGAGAACCCCCAGAACGGGUCGCAGGGGGGGGGGGAGAGGGAAGAUCAUUCCACCUAGCAGGCAGAAAUAUUUGUGCUUACAGAACAAUUGCCUUAGUAUGAUGCUGAAUUCCACUCACAGAGUGCAACUAUCCAAAAUGCACAUGAAUGCGACAUGCUGGGUUCAGAUACUAUGCCUUCCCUCCACUUUUUGUUUCCAACACUAGGUGGCGUGUGUUCUUUUCUCUACAGUUUCACAGGUGCCUUAACAAAAGCCAAACUGUAUUUGCACAGUAAACUUGAAGAAGAUACCAAUGGUACUAUAAUGAAAUUUGAAAUAGUGCAAUAUUUUAGUUUUUGUUUCUAGUAGAAUGCAAAGCACUUUCCUGGAGUAAAUUGUUUGUGUUGGCAGCAUAGCUGCCAAAUUAUCCCUUUUUUUAAGGGAAAUUCCCUUAUGCUGAAUAGGCUUCCUCGUGAGAAAAGGGAAAACUUGGCAGCUAUGGUUGGCAGUACUAAAAGGUUGUCACCUUCUGAACUCUGCCAACUCCUGGGUCCGUAUAAAUCUGAACUAGAGCGUAACUGGUCUCUUUAAUCUAGAAAAAGACACCUCAAGCUGCCUUUCUUGUGCUUUUCUACCUGCAAAAUGGAGUAAUCAGGGUAGUGUUGGUUUACAUAAGUGUUGCCAAAGCAGAUAUUAUUUCAGUUGAAACUCUGGCGCAACAAGCAAUUUAAGUGGGAGGGGGCUGCACAAAACUUUUGAAAGUUCAUCAAAUGAAUUAUAAUUCUCCAAUCGCCCUUCCUUUUGCAAAGAAAGAGAAUUUUAACAUAUUCAUAGCAGUGCAAUAAAAGAUGAACUUGUAGGUUAGUUGCCCUCUAAAUACAUCCGUGAUACAUUUGCAAAUUUAUUGGAUCCUACUAACUUCAGUUAGUAUUUUGGCCAGCCUUACUAAACGAGUCCUAAAAAAUGCAAAUCUUAUGUGAUUUAUGCUGCCUUUGGAUUGGUUCCAGAUUAAGCUGGCUGUGCUUUAAUCCCAUUGAAAUAAAAAGGGACAAGGGAAGCAUGAGUACAUUAAAUCCCUUUGAGACUAAGGUAUGACUAACCUAAUAUGGCUCCAGCUGAGGCUACUGAGGCAGAACUGACAAACUAUAAAUGGUCACUUUCCUGAUAACUCUUAACAAGUAAGAAUCAUCAACCAGAAACAGAAAUGGAAGAAAACUGGUUUUCAUUCAGCACAAAUUAUUAGUAUACUGUACAGUAUUGUACUAUGUGUUGAAACUGUACUGUAUAUAUAUUUGAGACUGAAUAUAUAUAUAUAUAUUUGAGGCCGAAUAGGCUUAUUCAGAAUGAGGCUGGAGUAUGAUGUCAGAAAUGUGCACCAAAUUUAAAUUGGAUCCCCCAUAAGAAUAUUUUGUAUGGUACUUUAGCCACUGCAAUAAAUGCAAAACCUCUCCUUUUUGUCUCUAUUAUAAGGUAUCAGGUAGUAUCUGCACAUUUAAUUUGUUCUAAACUGUUUUAUUGUUUGUAUUUUACGUUGUUGUGACCCACCGUGGGGCCUUAUGGUGAAGGGUGGAUAAUAAAUUUAAUAAUAAUAACUUUUGUGGACAUAAAUGGUGGUUGAAAACAUCAGCCAAACUUAAUCAAAGUCCAUCCAGUGAAACACAAGCAGCUAAAGGUAAUAGCUUUUCAGCAAAUUCAAGUGGUACUGUCUGGGGAAAGGUUUAUAUAGAACAUGUGGUUUAAGUAAACCGACUCUACAACCCUAUGCAUUUACUCAGAAGUAAGUCACACAGUGUUCAGUGAGCUUUCAGAGCAAUCUUAUAUGUCUAUUCAGAUGAAAGCCUCAUUGACUUCAAUGGGAUUUGUGAGUAUAGGAGUGCAAAUUUAGGUACAUCAUUCUGAUCCAGCAAAGGAGACUUCCAUGCACAGCCAAUGCAGAUAUCCAUCUGGAUCUAAAAACUCAUGACAAGGUACAUCCAAUUCCUGUUGAACUUGAUGAUGGGGGCUGCACAGGCAAUCCCAGUUUAGGGCCACUAGUUGCUUUAGUGUGCAACAAAGCACAGCUGGAAUUGGAUCAGGGUCUUUAUAUAUUAUUAUAAUUUAUGUACAUUUCUUGUAUAAAAGUGUAGUUCUGAAUGUUUUAUAUUUAUAACAUUGCACUUGAAAAAAUUAUGGAAAAUAUUAACGUUAACAUUAAGGUUGCUUAAUGCUUUUGCACAAGUAUCAGCAUUGCAAUAUUUAACAAUAAUAAUCUUAUCUCAUUAAUCUACAUACUUGUGUAAAUGUAUAAUUCUAAAUAAAGGAUUUAGAGAUCUACAAGUGCGCCAUUUCCCUCUCAUUACUAAUGGGUAUUUUUUGCAAGUAAACAUUUUUUAUUUAAUUUAUAUUUUAAUUACUCUGGUGUCUGUCUUUUAAUGGUACACUUUCAGUGAUAACAAUGCUGCAAAAUCAUUCUGAUGCCAAAGCUUGCUGUGCUGAAAAUUAAGUGCUUAAGCCAACCCCAGAAUCAUUACAGUAUCACAGAUAAUUUGAUUAUAUGGUAGAGCAAGAACACUUCAUAUGCUCUGUAACUGCAAGCAAUCGGAUGUGUCAUUGCAAAUGUUCUGGUACUAAAUAAAAUGUCUUGUGGGACAGAUGUUUGAAUUAUAGUCUUCUUUCUGGCCUCUUAUCAAUAGCACAAAUCAACAAUCAAACACAACCUUCUUUUAAAGUGACUUUUUAUUAGAUGCAUGGGAAGAGGACAUAAUUUCCUGGGCCCCAGAUAUCUACCUGAAUGUUAACUAUUGUCUUAAUACAUGUUUCAUAGAGAAUAGAUUGUUAUGCCACACUACAACUAAAAUUUAGAAGGAAAGCUUAUAUGCAAUAAAAGAUGAGAACAGAUACAAAUUAAAAACAGCAUACAAACUAAUUUGCCAAGAGUUUAAAGUUAUUAAAGGAGGGGGGAGAUAGGGGAUAACAGAGGAAGCCUGUGCUUGAUGUCAAAAGAAACCUCCCUGGGUGCUCCCAUUUCACAGAUGAGGCACAAUCACCGAUAGGGCUCUUUCCUCACUUCCCAUCAGCUGUAUCUCAUUUGUUGAACACCUACAGAAAGCCUCCAAAGUUGAUCCCAGGGCAGGCUAAUAAGCAACCCUGAAACAAGUAGAGACCAUUGCAUGUUUAUAGGUUUUCCAUCCUUCCCAUAAAUAACAAAAUGUACAGCAUCUACCGUACUGUUUAUUUUGGAAAGGGGGUUGUCUGUUUGAUAUGCAUUUGGACACCUCUUCAGUUACCAUAACCAAGUUUUGCAUUAUGAUUCCCGAGAUCCAGAAUCAGGAUUUUGUUUGUUUAUAUAUAAUUGGGCACCAUUUUUAAUCAAUAUCGCAGACUUAACCCUUUCCAAGCUGCACUGAUUUUAAUGACUGAUUUCAAAACUGCAUCAAUUUUUUUUGUUUCUUGGAAUUCCUGAGCAGCAUCAGGUAUAAGGCUGCUAGUAUCCAAUAAAGAACCUUUGUGUGUUCAAUGCUGUUUUUCUUUAUCCAGUUUAUAUGGAGUUUUGCAUCACAUGGAAGCUAUGGAAAGUUAGCAUCUUAGAUCAUUGGAAGCACCUGUAAUAGCUGCCCUAUGUUGAUAAAGAACUUUAGGAAACUAGAUCACAGAGAGAGACUAGCAGGUUCUUUUAAACAGAGCUUUGGCUAAUGUACUUGACUCUCACUAUCUGGCGUAUGCAACAUCUCUGAAACACAUUGAUUCAUCAGCUAGUUAACAAACAGUGCCUAACAACUCAGAAGUAAAUCCUAUGGGAUUCAAGUAUGGUAAGAGUUGUAGCCCAGCUCAGCAGCAUCAGUGGGAUUGUCAAAGGAUGGAGUUCUUUAUAGAUUACCUAAUGGUUAUGGUUUGGAUAUCCCUUAAGUUAUUUAACCACCACUCAGCAGUCUCACCGAGUUAAAGGAUGCUUACUCUCUAGCACAGUGUUUCUCAACCUUUUUUGGGCCACGGCACACUUGUUCCGUGAAAAAAAUCACGAGGCACACCACCAUUAAAAAAGUUAAAAAAUUUAACUCUGUGCCGCCCUAUAUUAUAAUUACGACUGUAAGAAACACUUGCCAAAUAUUGCUUUCCGGCGGGUCAGUGGUGUGUAUUGGCGGCCGCCAGGCACGUGACAAUGGAAAUCGCCCUUCUCGUCGCCGCACGUUGCGGCACACCAGCCAGCGUCUCACGGCACACUAGUGUGCCGCGGAACAGCG